AUGCUGGGCGCGGUGGUGGACGUCUUCGAGAGCGCGGGUGUCGCGCACUUCCUGGACUACGGCUCUGCCCUCGGGGCCCAUCGCCUCCGCGGGGUGCUGCCUGGCGACGCGGACGCGGACCUCGGCGUCCUCGCUGCCGACUACGCCCGCGCGGAGCGCGCCCUCCGCUCCGGGCUGCCGGGCUGGCUCGAGGUCUGCCUGCUGCCCCGCGAGGGGGCCUCCGAGCUCCAGCAGGUCGUCGUGCGGCUCCGCGGCGGAGGCGCUUGCCACGACAAGCCGAACGUCGACGUCUACGGGUACGCCUGGCGCGCCGGCGGCGACGCGGGCGCCGCGGGCGGUGCGCAGGGCGUGCUCGAGCGCGCGGACCUGGCGGACCGCAGGGGGCCGCACUACGGCGCCGUGGCGGCUCGGCUCGCACUGCCCGCGGGGUGCGCGUGCCUGGGCGGGCGCGGCAUAUUGGCGCCCCUCGCGACAUCGAGGGCUACCUCACGGUCCGCUACGGGUGCGUGGGCCCGAUCGGCUUGCAGGAGAUGCGAGCAGGACCCCGCGUUCGAGGGCCGCGGGGUCUACUACCGCCCGGUCCAGCUGUGGCGCGACCCCGCCGAGCUCCUGCGCGAGAUGCGCGAGCGCGCGCGGUGGCGCGGGGGUCGGAACGCGACGAUCGGGGAAAAGUUGUCCUUCUUC